UCAAGUCAGACAAACAACUUUAAACACAAGUCAGUUGUCACUUGUCAGGCUGAUUCGAUUUCGAUUACAAAUUAAUAAUAAAUGGAGAAAUAAAAAAUUGUUCAUUGCUUUGUUACGAACUGUCAAGUUAUAAAUGGUGUUUAAAAUAUAUUUUGCAAAAUAAUUUCGUUGAGAUGGCUCAAAGCGAAGCCAGUUCAUCCGUAGAAGAGGAAUCGCUUGAUGUAAUUUUCGAUAAAGCAAUGAAAUUAUUUGAUAGUAUAGAAAACGGAAAAGAAGCUACAAAUAGUGUUGCUGUGCAGAUGUCUAUUAAAACAGCAAUAUCUAAGUUUGAGAAAGCUACUAACUUGGUCUCACUCUCUGGAAUGUUCAGUAAAAAUGAAUCAUUAGAAGAAUUGCCCACUGAAACACUAAAGUACUUAUUACUACCAAGUUUGCUAGGGACUCUAACUUUAAAACUAUGCAACCAACCAAGGAAGAAUAUUAUCCAUGUUGCAGAGAUUUACUUCAGAGAUUUUAUACAAAGAUGCAAAGACUAUGGUGUGACCGAUGUGGAGAUACCUCACACAAGUGCAAAUGAUGAUAGAAGUGUAGAGAGAAUACAAACUGAAAUAGCUAAGAUAGCUAAUAUGGUUAUGACAAGGGAAGCAAAAAUUCAGAGAUACAAGGAAAUGAAAGAGUUAAAAGAGAAACUUAGCACCUUAUCAAAAGCGAUGGAUUCACCAAAUGCUGAUGAACAUACAAAGCGAGAAUAUUUCACAACAUUGUUGCUGAGCUCCGUGAACCAAGCAGUGGAUGAACUUAACAGCCUAGACCAGGAGAAACCUAUAUUGGAAUAUAUGGCGAGACAAUUAACAGAAACAGGCAAGCCAGCGAAGCGGGAGCGUGCGCCGCCGCUGAAGCCCGUGAUAAUAACCCGGGACGCCAUCCAGAAGGCGGUGUACGGCGCAGGUUACCCCGGGCUGCCCACGCUCACCAUCGAGGAGUUCUACGACAAGCGGGUGCGGGAGGGAACUUUCCCCGCCGCGGGCACCAAUAUACCACACAGAACGAUACAAAAUGCAGAGGCUGACGGCGACGAGGCUGAACAAAUCAGAAAGGAACAAAUGGUAGAGGAAGACGAUCCUGAAGAAUUACAGCGUCAACGAAACAUGGACGAAUACAAAGACGACCAUCGCAGGGGCUGGGGCAACCGACACAACAGAAGCUAAAUGAUACAAAGACUACUGAAGCAAUAUACAGACUUUCAAACACCUGAGUGACCAUGGAGACUUAUUAUUAUAUAAUUGUUAUAUAUAAAAUAUUCAUAACCACGAAA